UAGACCUAUCGGUGAGGGUCAAAACCAAAACAACGUGCUGCGGAGUAUAAUAUUUAUAUUCUGUUUUCUUGAUAAAAAUACAAUUUGUAAAGAUGCCACAGGGAAAAUUCAAGAAAGCCAAGCUGCCCGCAUCGAUACAGAAAAAGAAAAACCAAAAGCAGGCUGCCUUCACCCGCCGUUCAAAUGCGCCCAUACAGGCGAAAAAGGCCAAGUUCAAUGAGACGCAGAAGAUCAAGUCCGUCAUCUCGAAGUCGGUCAACAAGAGCGUGGAGAGCGAACUGCGAUCCCGCGCCCACGAGGGAUACAUCCAGUUGAGCAAGGCCCAGGAGGCGGUGGCCAAGCACCACGCCUCCCAGGCGAAGGCGGCUGCGGCGGCCAGUACCGCCAAGUCCGCGGAAUAGCUUACUCUAGGCCUAAUAUCGAUUGCAACUGAAAGGAUUCGAAUUCCGGCCACUUAACACACUGCGUUGUCCUCUAAAGAUUCUCAAACAGGCCUAUACAUCCCAGUAAUAGCUGCGCAUUUCAGCUAAAAUGCAUUGUUGUCUGCAGUCUUGAAAUACCUAGUCUAUGCUGAUCUUAAAGCAACCAUUUCUAUUGAUAAUUAUCCAAUUAUUCGAUACCAAAUCUGUUAGAAGCUAUAUUAAAUACCUUAUAAAUGUUAGCAUAAACUACUUCCAGUUCUGAAAAAGUUGAAAGAUGCCUAAUGAAUUUUCCUGCAAUCUUGAAUCUUUUUUGAAAUAUGCUUACAACGAUGACAUUUUCUUUUAAAUUCCGUGCAAAUUAUACGAAUUUUUGAAGUUUUCAUUAAGUUUUCUUGUUGUGAGCUUUGACUUUGCCCCAACGCUGUCUCAAGGACUUGUUGACCAAGUACUACAAUGCCAACUUUGACGUUCGCCCAAUUUAUGAGCGGACCUUUGGUGGCAGAACUUUUGCAUUCAGCUUCCUACUUAUCACAAUCAGUUUGUUUAAUUAUAAAAAUAGUUGGCCAACAAAGUUAGUUCCGCUGACAUUUAUUGGACGAUUCGCUGCGGCUCCGUUCGCCCAGAGUUCCGGAAUUCCAAAAUUCCGUAAUUCCGCUCCUUUAACGACAGCUAUUCAUGACAAACUUUUUUCGCAUUGGCAGCUUUGACGAAGUGAAAAGGAAAAAGUGCAACUAACAAUUUCUAUUUAAUUUUCGCAACGUUUCGUUUCGUUUGCUAUGCAAAUUCUGCCCGCUUUUGAAGCGCUUUUAAUUAGCCAGCAUCCCGCACUCACAUGCAGCCGGAAAAAUUCACAGCCAAUUGCGUGUAUUUGUUUUGUUUUCUUUUUUCCAGCCCCCCGAUCCACCCUCUUUUAUCAGGCACUUUGAUUCCGCGCUUUUUCAAUCGCAUGCAAAUUAGCCACGCCCACCCCCAACCGCCCACUUACCUGAGGAACAGGUGACAGGAUCCGCAGGUGCUCGUUAGUCGUUUUUUGGGCGUUUUGCGUUUUUAGUUUAGCACCAGAUUGAAAGUGCUUCCAGCAUGCAAAUGCAUUUCUGCACUCAACCAGCAAUUUGGGCGGACGGACCUUUUCGGAUAUGCAGUUUUAGUGCCGGAAAGAAGCAGUUGAUAUCAGGCAUUCGGAACUUUUUGACACCUAUCCAAGCACACUCGCUACUUUUUGGGCGUUUUGAAUACGUCAUGAAGGAUGUCGUGCGGGAAGUACUCAAAUAUCUUUAAGGGAGUACAAAUAAAUCGAUGAUAUGCAAAGCUUUUCUAAUACUUACACAGUA